CGGCCCAGCCCGCGGGCCCGGCCCGCAGCCCGGCCCGGCAGCGCCCGAGGGCAGCCCGGCACCCGCAGGAUUGGAAUCUUGCAAAGGAAUUCACACUGGAUGAAAACCAUUUCCUGAAGCUGGGUCUAUUCCAGGAACUGUAACCCAAAUGUUUCUCUGUCCGUGGAGGAGAUUUCACAUUUGAGGAAACUUCUACCGAAGGUGGAUUUUCCAGUGGUGGAACAGUUUGCUGGAAAAGCUGAUUUGGGGGUUCACGUUCAGCAGGUUCAGUGAAGUGAGAUUUUGUUCCCUGGAGCUGGGAUAACUGUUACUGGAUAACUGGAAUUAAAGGUGGACAGUUCUUGAGUGGAUGUGUGGUCCUGGUGUUCUCCAGACUGCUUCCCAUACUGGAAUUGGAGGGAAUUCCCUUUGUUUUGAGCCAGUCGUGUCCCAUCACCAUGUUCUGGAAGUUUGAUUUGAACACAACGUCACACGUGGACAAGCUGCUGGACAAGGAGGAUGUGACCCUGGAGGAGCUGAUGGACGAGGAUGACGUCCUGCAGGAAUGCAAGGCCCAGAACCGGCGGCUGCUGGACUUCCUGUGCCAGCAGCGCUGCAUGGAGCAGCUGGUCACCCUCAUCACCCACGAGCCCCCCGUGGACAUGGACGAGAAGGUCCGAUUCAAGUACCCCAACACGGCCUGCGAGCUGCUGACCUCGGACGUGCCGCAGAUCAACGACAAACUGGGCGGGGACGAGACCCUGCUCAACAUCCUCUAUGACUUCCUGGACCACGAGCCCCCCCUGAACCCCCUCCUUGCCAGCUUCUUCAGCAAGACCAUCGGGAACCUCAUUGCACGGAAAACAGAACAGGUGAUCUCAUUUUUGAGGAAAAAGGACAAGUUCCUGAGCCUGGUGCUAAAGCACAUCGACACCUCUGCCAUGAUGGACCUGCUGCUGCGCCUCAUCAGCUGCGUGGAGCCCACGGCGCUGCGCCAGGACGUGCUCAACUGGCUGAAUGAAGCCAGGAUUAUCCAGAGACUCGUGGAGCUGAUCCAUUCGAGCCAGGAUGAGGAUAGGCAAUCCAACGCUUCCCAGACCCUGUGUGACAUCAUCAGGCUGAGCAGAGACCAGAGCACUCAGCUCCAGGAUGUCCCGGAGCCAGAUCCACUUCUCACAGCACUGGAAUCGCAGGAGUGCGUGGAGCAGCUCCUCACCAACAUGUUCGACGGGGAGCAGAGCGAGACCUGCAUCGUCAACGGAACCCAGGUGCUCCUGACGCUGCUGGAAACGCGGCGCUCCGGAGUGGAAGGCCUGAUGGACUCGUACACUCAGGGAUUCGAGAGGUCUUACACUGUCAACAGCAGCAUCUUACACGGCAUCGAGCCCCGGCUCAAGGACUUCCACCAGCUGCUGCUGUGCCCGCCCAAGAAACCGGCGAUCCUGACCACGCUGGGGGUGCUGGAGGAGCCGCUGGGGAACGCGCGGCUGCACGGCUCGCGGCUGAUCGCGGCGCUGCUGCACGCCAACACGCCCAGCAUCAACCACGAGCUCUGCAGGCUGGGCACCCUGGACUUGUUACUUGAUUUAUUUUUUAAAUACACGUGGAAUAACUUUUUGCAUUUCCAAGUGGAGCUGUCCAUAGCAGCCAUCCUGUCGCACUCGGUGCACGAGGGGAAGCCCAGCCCGGGGGAGCCGGGCAGCAAAGAGGAGGCUGCGAGCGGGAGCGCGGCCCCGGAGCCCGCGGAGCCCCCACAGCCCCCACAGCCCCCACAGCCCCCUGCCAGAGGCACCGAGAACCUCAUGGUCACCCACCUGUUCCAGAAGUGCUGCCUGGUGCAGAGGAUAUUGGACGCCUGGGAAGCCAAUGACAAAAUCCAGGCAGAGGGUGGCAGGAGGAGAGGGAACAUGGGGCACCUGACCCGCAUCGCCAACGCCGUGGUGCACAACAUGGAGAAGGGGCCCAUGCAGGCCCAGAUCAGUGACUUCAUCAAAGAGUUGCCUGAGGACUGCAGGGGCAGGUGGGAGAGUUUUGUGGAGGAGACGCUGACGGAGACAAACCGGAGAAACACGGUGGAUUUGGUGAGCACCCACCACCUGCACUCCUCCAGCGAGGAUGAGGACAUUGAAAAUGCUUUUCCCAACGAGCUCACUCUCCAGCAGGCCUUCUCUGAGUACCAGAUCCAGCAGAUGACAGCCAAUUUUGUGGAUCAGUUUGGCUUCAAUGAUGAGGAGUUUGCAGACCAGGAUGACAACAUCAACGCUCCCUUCGACCGCAUCGCCGAGAUCAACUUCAACAUCGACGCUGACGACGACAGCCCCAACGCCUCCCUGUUCGAGGCCUGCUGCAACGAGCGCAUCCAGCAGUUCGACGACAACGAGGAGGAGGAGGAUAUCUGGGAGGAGAAGGACAUCUCCUACGCCACCCAGGUCAAGUCCAGGACACGGUUUGGAGCCUCACAGACGUCAGAGAGCUCCAAGAGUGACCUGGAGAACGGGGACCACGACGGCAGCGUGGAUUCGGAGGAGGAGGAGGAGCGGCCACCACCCCCCUCCCCACACAAGGGCAGCACCCCAGAGCAGAAGGACUCAGACUCCUGCCAAGGGGCCGGCUGGACGGCCGUGUUCGAGCCCGCGGGCCCCACGCCGCCCGUGGCCAUGGACGUGGGCUCCAGCGUGUGGGACUCGGCCGCCCCGCAGAGCAGCGCCCCGGAGGAGAAGGGCUGGGCCAAGUUCACAGACUUCCAGCCUUUCUGCUGCUCCGAGUCCGGCCCUCGCUGCAGCUCCCCCGUGGGCACCGAGAGCGGCGGCACCGACGGGACCCCGGCGCAGGGCCAGGACAAGAACUCCAGCACUGCUGCCUCUCCCUGUGUGUGGAACGCGUGUGGGACACGGAAGGCACCGCUGGUGGCCUUGGACAGCAGCUCCUCGGGCAGCUCCGAGAGCGACGACGACGACGACGACAAGGCCAAGGCUGGCACGGAAUCCACGGCCACGGCACAGGAGGCCAGCAAGGACAGGGCAGCUCCCUCCAGUGGCUCUGACGGAAAGGCUCCGGAGACGCUUCCCGCGGGCGACUCCAGUGCCCCCCGUGCCCGGAACAGCGCGGCCACGCACACGGACGGGCACCAGAGAGUGGCCACUGCAGUCACAACUGCCACAGAAACGGCCACGAGAGACAGGAGUGACGAGGCCUUGCCCUGCACCGAAGCCACGUUGAACGGCCCCGCUUGAUGCCGCCGCCGCCCUGGGACGUGUGUGAGCCAGGCCAGGCUGCUCCCUGGUGAUGCAAUUUGUCAAUUCUUUAUUAUUUUUUUUUCAUUUUAAUUUUAUUUUUUAAUAAAUGCUGCAUUGAUGAGAGCGAGCUGGCGUUCAGGACCAGACACGCAGAUCCAACAGCACCGAUCCGUUCGGAAAGACACUCGGCAUUGUCGAAAUGUAGCAUUGAGUUCAGUCCUCACGGGAAUGACGGGCUCUUCCCAAGCCUUCUGCCUGAUUUGAGUUGUCCCCUUCCCCGUGCCCCUGGUUUUUGUUUUGGAUUUGGGGUUCAGUGCUGUUUUCCCAGUGUUAUUGCACACAGUAUUCAGCUUCUCUUGGGAAGGUAGCAGGUCCAGCGGCGGCCGGGGCCAGCGCACAAAUCCCGCAGCCGUGUGACCAAAGUUCCUGAUGGAGCUGUCCUCGGGCAGCCUUUGCACCGCUUUGUAGAGCAAUAAAGCCUUACCAGAAACAUUU